UAUCGCGUUUAUCACACCGCUAUCACAGGUGCAUCGUAUUCGCUAACCGAGUCGGCGAAACGUGCGAAAAUUUAUAUAUAAUUUGGCCAGACCAGUUGUUGAUAAUAAAGCAUCCAAGUUGUUAAAACGCAACAGGAUAGUCCAGGCGCCAAUCAAGAAUCGGCGAGUAGCAGCAGCAGCGUUUUUAGCGUACUCAGCAGCAGCAGUUGGAGCAAGGCAGCAAAAAGUCUCUUCUCGUUUCGUGUCCGUCGCGUGUACAAAUUCAGCAGUGAAUUACUUUCAGAGUUUGGUGGGUGUUCCAAGAAGAAGCGUGUUGAGACUGCGCCAGGAAAGAUGGUUAAAGCUAAAAAGGGCAAGAAAGAGAUACUGACCGCUGCUGAGGGUGGUUCAUCGGCUGACGAAAUUGAAACCAAUGCUGUCAAUGAGGCGGACGAAAAACUGAGCGCCAACAACAAGAAGAAUCAGCCAAAGGGCAAGAAGAAGAACAAGAAGGAAGCUGAUUCCGAUGCGGGUAGCGAUGAUGAGGCGCCAAUUGAGACCAUAACAAAGGGAGUUAAGAAGCUGAAUGUCAAAGGCAAGGCUAAAGGUAAAGCAAAGGCUGCUGAUGAUGGAUCCGAUGAGGAGCCGGCUCAAGCGAAGCCUGCCAAGAAGUCGGCAUUCAAUCUUUUGGUUGAUGACGACGACGAUGAUGAUGAUGUGCCAGCACGUCAAAGCUCGUCGGAAGAGGAGGCGGAGGUGGUGAAGCCUCAGAAGAAGAACGAGAAGAAGGGCAAAAAGAACAAGCGCAAAGGCAAAGACGAUGACGACGAGGAUUUGGACAAGAUGCUGGCUGAACUGCAGGCGGAAUAUGCAGGCGAGGCACCUCCAGCAGCUAGCGUUGUGUCGCCCGAGGAGCUGGCCGAUGAGUUCUCCAAGAAGUCCAAGAAAAACAAGAAGCAACAGCAACCUGCGGCGGCGGUUGAAGAGGCCGCUACUGAAGACGCCGAUGACAAUGAUAAUGACAAUGAAGAAGCUGGUGGCAUGAAGACGGCAGCCCAGAAGAAGAAGGAAAAGAAGGAGCGGCAGAAACGUGAAGCAGCGCUGGCCAAGCAGAAGGCGGCGCUAGAGCCCAAGCAGAAGCCUAAACCCGAACCCGAGCCUGAACCAGAGCCAGAGCCGGCUCCCGAGGAGACUGCUAAGCCCGAAGCGGAUGCAGAUGAUGCCGAUGAUGGCGGCAAGGCCGGAAAGAAUAAGAAGAAGGGCAAAAAGGACAAGAAAGCAGAGGCCGAGGAGGAGAAAAAAGAGACGAAAAAGAAGGGCAUGUCGGCCGCUAUGGUGGCAGCUAUGCAGGAGCAGCUCAAGAAGCGCAAGGAGGAGGAGGAGCGUCUGCAAAAGCUCGAGGAGGAGCGUCUGCGCCUGGAGGACGAGCGUGAGGAAGCGCGUCUUGAAGCAGUGCGCCUAGAAGCCGAGCGCAAAGAGAAAAAGAAACAAAAGGAGGCAGAACGCAAGGCGCGCCUCAAGGCCGAAGGCAAGUUGCUUACCAAAAAGCAGAAGGAGGAUCGUGCUCGUGCUCAGGCGCUGCUCGAUUCGCUGAAGGCGCAGGGUCUCGAAAUACCCGAUCCCAACGAGAGGCGGGCACCCAGACCAGGCACACGCAUUAGGAACAACAAGAAGAAGGGUCCCAAGGAAGAGCCCACCGAGGAGGAAGCCAAGGCAGCACAGGAAGCAGCGGAAGCAGCAGCAGCUGCUGCGGCAGCAGCUGAAGCCGCCAAGGAGGAGGUGGUCAAGGAGAGUUGGGAUGCCAGCGACAGUGAGCCGGAGCCAGAGCCUGAGGAGGAAUCAUCACAGGCCACGACGAAUACUACCACAAACAAUGGCAAAAACGAAGCAGCUGAUGAGGCCGAAACCGAUGAAGAUGAUGAUGACAGUGAUGGCAGCGACGACAGCGAUGAUUCGGAUGAGGAGAGCGAAGAGUCUGAAAAAGAAGACACCACUGCAAAUGAUCCCGAAUCGCGUCGCUUGCGUGCCGAAGCGCGCAUCAUCAAGCGUCAAGCGGAGGCCGAAAAGAAACGCACCACAGAUGAGUUGCGCGCUGGCGUUGUUUGUGUGCUCGGCCAUGUGGACACAGGGAAAACAAAGAUCCUAGAUAAGCUGCGUCGCACCCACGUGCAGGACUCGGAGGCUGGCGGCAUUACACAGCAGAUUGGUGCCACCAAUGUGCCCAUCGAAGCCAUUAAGGAGCAAACGAAAUAUGUGAAAAAUGUGGCCAGCUUCGAGCAUCGUCUGCCCGGACUGCUCAUCAUCGAUACACCCGGCCACGAGUCGUUCAGCAAUCUGCGCAAUCGCGGCUCUUCUCUCUGUGAUAUUGCCAUUCUGGUUGUGGACAUUAUGCACGGCCUCGAGCCACAAACCAUUGAAUCCAUACAGUUGCUGAAGAAGAAGAAAUGCCCCUUCAUUGUGGCCCUGAACAAGAUCGAUCGUCUGUAUGAUUGGAAGAAGCUGGAACGUCGUGAUGUCCGCGAUGUGAUCGAGGGGCAGCAGAGCAACACACAGCUGGAGUUCGAGCAACGCACUAAAGAUGUCAUUCUGCAGUUUGCCGAACAGGGACUGAACGCUGCGCUCUUCCAUAAGAACACCGAUCCCAAGACUUAUAUCUCGCUGGUGCCAACUAGCGCCAUCACUGGCGAGGGCAUGGGCAACUUGCUCUUCAUGAUCACCGACUUCUGUCAGAAUAUGCUGACCAAGCGUCUGAUGUACUCCGAGGAACUGCAGGCCACGGUGCUGGAGGUGAAAGCCAUUCCCGGUCUGGGCACCACCAUCGAUGCCAUUCUCAUCAACGGCAAGUUGCGUGAGGGACAAACGAUGAUUGUGGCUGGCACAGAUGGUCCGAUUACCACACAGAUUCGUUCGCUUUUGAUGCCCCAGCCCAUGAAGGAGUUGCGCGUGAAGAACGCCUAUGUGGAGUACAAGGAGGUGAAGGCAGCUCAAGGUGUGAAGAUUGCUGCCAAGGAUCUGGAAAAGGCCAUUGCUGGCAUCAAUCUGCUCAUUGCGCACAAACCCGAUGAAGUCGAAAUAUGCAAAGAGGAAGUUGCUCGCGAACUGAAGAGCGCCCUGAGCCACAUCAAGUUGGCUCAGACUGGUGUCUAUGUGCAGGCCUCAACUCUGGGCUCCCUGGAAGCUUUGCUCGAGUUUCUGCGUACUUCAAAGAUUCCGUAUUCUGCCAUUCGUAUUGGUCCCGUGGUCAAGCGUGAUGUGAUGAAGGCAUCGACUAUGUUGGAGCAUGAAGCACAAUAUGCAACAAUCUUGGCAUUCGAUGUGAAAGUGGAGCGCGAGGCGCAGGAAAUGGCCGAUUCGUUGGGUGUUAAAAUCUUCCAAGCGGACAUUAUCUAUCAUCUGUUCGACAAGUUCACCUCCUACCGUGAAGAGCUGAAGGCAAAGAAACGAGAAGAGUUCCGUUCCAUAGCCGUAUUCCCCUGCAAGCUAAAGAUACUGCCACAAUUCAUAUUCAACAGCCGCGAUCCGAUCGUCAUGGGCAUUAUGGUCGAGAAUGGCAUAGUCAAAGUGGGAACGCCAAUCUGUGUGCCCAGCAAAGAGUUUGUGGACAUUGGCAUAGUCACCUCCAUUGAAUCGAAUCACAAGCAAAUUGAAUUCGCCCGCAAAGGCCAAGAGAUUUGCAUCAAAAUAGAACCGAUUCCCGGAGAAUCGCCCAAAAUGUUUGGCCGUCACUUCGAGGCCGACGAUAUGCUCGUCAGCAAGAUUUCACGCCAGAGCAUUGACGCUUGCAAGGACUAUUUCCGCGAUGACUUGAUCAAGAACGAUUGGGCGUUGAUGGUGGAGCUGAAGAAGCUCUUUGAGAUUCUCUAAACAAAUUGCCAAAACAUCACGUACAACAAUUGUAACUGCAACAGCUAGAAGAAAUGCAAUUCUGUGUGCUUGCAACUCAACUCUUAACUACAUAAUAUAUGCAUUACUAUAUGGAUAUUGUGCUGCUUGCGAUGUGAAUGUGUGUGUUUUUUUUAUUAUUGUGUUGCCGUUGUCUAGCUUACAACAAUGUGUGUGUUAAAAAGGUUUUAAAUCAAAUUUGUAAAUGCUUUUUGCACAAAGAACAACAACAACAGAAACCAGAACAACAACAAUAACUACAACAAUUUUUGCCUGCGCUUUUUUGUUACGCCUGAAAUAAUAAAAAUAAAUGAAA